AUGGAAGCGAUGUCCCCCCAGCAAGAGAUUCUAGGGGGCCACCCGGGACGCUCCUCCUCCCUGACAGGAGUGUCUCGGAUCGCAGGAGGCCCCGGCACUAAGAAAAAAAUGAAAACACUAGCUGAAAGGAGGAGGAGUGCUCCAUCUCUUAUCCUGGAUAAAGCCCUACAAAAACAGCCUAGUACCAAGGAAAGUCCUUCCUCUGGCAUGGACACAUGUGCAUUUCUGUCAUCAUUUACAUGCUCCAAUAGGACUCUGCUAAUUGAUGGCAAAGUAGAACUCAAAAGAGGCCUGCAGAGACAAGAGCGGCAUCUUUUCCUGUUCAAUGAUCUGUUUGUUGUGGCUAAAAUCAAAUAUAACAACAACUUUAAGAUAAAAAAUAAAAUAAAAUUAAGUGACAUGUGGACAGCAAACUGUGUUGAUGAAGUGGAAGAAGGCAACACCAAUACCAUGAAAUCCUUUGUCUUGGGCUGGCCCACAGUGAACUUUGUGGCCACUUUCAGUUUUCCAGAACAGAAGGACAAAUGGCUUUCCCUCCUUCAGAGAUACAUCAAUGCAGAGAAAGAAAAGGACUAUCCGAAGAGCAUUCCCCUCAAAAUCUUCACCAAGGACAUUGGGAAUUGUGCAUAUUCUAAAACUAUAACAAUAAAGAAUUCAGAUACAGCGAGCGAAGUUAUCAACAUGUCCCUAUCAAUACUAGGGAUAACUGGAUCUGAGAGAGACUACCAGUUAUGGGUCAAUUCUGGCAAAGAAGAGGCACCAUAUCCACUUAUUGGGCAUGAAUAUCCCUAUGGAAUUAAAAUGAGCCAUCUUCGAGACACUGCACUUCUGGCAGAGUUAUCAAAGGACUCCACCAGCCCUUCCAGCCUCCAAGAGCCCUUCCUCAUAGAACAGCUGCCCCGAGAGAUGCAGUGCCAAUUCAUCCUGAAGCCUAGCCGCCUGGCUGAGACCCAGCAACUGAGUGAUUCAGGUCAGAAGACAUCUAAAAGGAGAAGAUCUAUCAUAAACUGGGUCUUUUGGCGGGGUUCUAGCACUCAUCUGGAUAACUCACCCAUAUCACCAACAUCUCCUAUGCUAGGACAGCUCUUUGGAGUGUCUCUGCCAAGUCUUUGUGAGAAUGACAAUCUGCCCAAACCUGUUUUGGAUAUGCUUUGCUUUCUUAGUCAAAAAGGACCCCACACAAAAGGCAUUUUCAGACUAUCAGCCAAUGUGAAAUCUUGCAGAGAGCUGAAAGAGAAACUGAAUUCUGGAUCUGAAGUACACCUAGACUGUGAAUCUGUCUUUGUGAUAGCAUCUGUCUUAAAGGAUUUUCUACGAAAUAUUCCAGGAAGUGUUUUUUCAUCAGAUCUCUAUGAUCAUUGGAUCUGUGUAAUGGAUCAAGGAAAUGAUGAAGAGAAAAUAAAUACAAUUCAAAGGCUGUUAGACCAGCUCCCAAGAGCCAAUGUUGUUCUCCUAAGAUAUCUUUUUGGAGUAUUAUACAACAUUGAGCAACAGUCCUCAUCCAAUCAGAUGACUGCAUUUAAUUUAGCGGUGUGUAUCGCUCCAAGCAUUCUUUGGCCUCCUACUUCAUCCAGCCCAGAAUUAGAAAAUGAAUUUACAAAAAAGGUUUCUCAGCUUAUUCAAUUUAUGAUUGAAAAUUGCCGUGGGAUAUUUGGAGAAGAAAUUUCCCUCUCGGGAGAGGUUUCAGUGAGAUGCAACACUAAAGAGAAUGCCUCAGAUAUCCCUUGCUUCCAGAUGAAUGACUCCUCCUAUGACAGCUUAGAAAAUGAGCUGAAUGAGGAUGUUGAUGCUCCAUGCAGUGAUGUGAUAAAGAAGCUUGGUCAAGGAAGCAGAAGCAUGGACUCUGUAUUAACCCUUAGUGACUAUGACCUUGACCAGCCUGAGGUAGAAGGUCUUUUAACCCUGAGUGACUUUAAUUUAGAUCAUUCUAAACAUGAAGACUUUCAAAUGGAACGUCCUCUUGAAUCCAAACCAGUGACUGCUGUAGUACUAUAUGGAAACGCCACACUGCAGGGCCGUGCCAGGCCCUCAGCUAACAUGAACACAUCCUGCUGCCUGUCCACAGCUGCAGCAGAUGGUCCAAAAAGCCCCAGGCGGGUCCGGCGCUGCUCAGAGCCCAGCACCAACUAUGUAGAUUCAAAGCUUUCCUUUCUCAGGGAGUUUUAUCGGAAAAAAAAACUCAAGUCCAGCUAUGAUCCAAUUCUCUCACAAGAAGAUGAGGACUAUCUGAAGCAGAAUCAACCCCUACAGGAAGAGAGUAAGGUAUGUUUGAGGCAGAAUUUAGGCAUAGGCACUGAUAUCAAGAAAAAUGCCACUAAUAAAAUAGUUAAGAAGAAAAGCUCGUCAGGUAAUGAAGGAAAUCAUGUGAAACUUUUUUCUAAAUCCAAGCCAGUGGCCAUUUCUGUGGCAUCUUAUAGUCACGUGUCCUCAUAUGACCAUCCCAGGAAUGUGCCAUUUGAUUCAGGUACAUCUGGAUACUCCCCAGCACACACAACAGAUGCCCUCAAGAGUUCGAGGAGACACCGGCGCUGCUCAGAGCCCAUCAUUCAUGACCAACACUGCAAACUGAGCCAUCUUGGGGGGAUUUAUUCAAAGAAACAACAUAAAACCAGCUAUGAAGCUGAUCACUUUGACAGAGAAGAUGAUUAUCUCAAACGGCACAAGUCUUUGCAAAUGGAGGGGCAAAAGCUCAUUAAUCAGAGUUUGGUCAUGGGUAUCGAGGUGGGCAAGAGUAGUGCCGUAAACCAAACAACCGAGAAGUUUUUACCCUCAAGCUUAAACACUUGCCCAAGCACUAGCUCUUCCAGUUUGUCCUCCCCAGGCACUUCUCCAUCUGGCUCAUCGGGGCGCUCCCAAGACAGUGCUUUUUCCCAGAUUUCUGAACACUUCGUGUUUACACCCACUGAUACUUCCUCACCAAUCGAUUGCACCUUUCAGGCUCAAAGAAAACAGGAGGAACUUUCUUCUGACCUUAGCAGUUCCAGCCUCAUUUCUGGAAUGCCUGGUCCCUCAUCUAGACAGUCCAGCAACAACUUAGUUCAUACAAAUAAGGAUACCAUAGAGUGUCACUCACAUUCUGUAACUCUUCACCCCAUCACAUGGUUAAGAAAUGGCAUGGCCAGUCUGAAAAACUGGUCCCUCAGAAAGAAACCAAAGGCAUACGGACUAGAGGAAAAGAAAAUAGUUUCUCUCAAAAGAUUCACAGAGCCGCCUCCACAUGCUUCUGGUGUUCCAGAAGCCAGGUCACUGCAAGAGAAAAAGGAAGAUAUUCCCCUAAGGGCAGCUGAAGAACUUGAAGCUGUGCAAGCAGCCGAGUGCUGUAGCUCUUAUCCCAGCCAGGACUCAGAGAAAUGCUUUAGCUCGGCACUCAACUUGGUGGAAGACAGCCUCAAGCUUUGUAUGCAGUCACAUGAAGAAGGACAGAGUAGUGGGCAGUGCUCUUCAGACACUCUGCCUUGUGUGAAAUCCUCACCUGCCCUUCAACUGAGUAAUGCUUCCAGCUCAGACUGAGGGCUUAUGGUCGUUUGUGAUGUUGGGAACAGAUACCUAACCAAAGACAUUUAA